ACAGUCGCACGAUCGGGUUGUCCCGCUCUGGCACGUUGAUCGGCCAGAUAUCGGCCGAGAAAUUGCUAUUUUUGCGCAAUUCCGCGAUCGGCGCGUCAAAACUAUGAUCGUGGCCAGAUCCUUACCAGUAACGGCUUGCGGCGGAAUCGAGCUAACCAUUCGUCUCAGUUGCAGCGCAUCUUUCGUGGACAUUCGACGGCGAUCACCGUCCCUGGAAGAACACCACUCGAUCGAGGAUCGCAACGGCCGCCAACAGCAGUCACCAACGUUCGCCAACGGUUCUCCGCCCGACCAGGAUCAGUGUUCCGCGAGCAGCCUUCGCCAACGGUUCAGCCAGCUAGUGCAAAGUGUGGUAGUUAAGCCCGAGAAGAAGAUGAUCGGUACGGCCAAGAUUCUGUCCGGCGUGGAAAUAGCCAAAGAAAUCCGCGACAAGUUGCGGAAAGAAGUGAGUGAUAUCCGGAACAAGAUCCCGACGCUGGUGCCCGGGCUGGCGAUCGUGCAGGUCGGCGGCCGCGAGGACUCCAACGUGUACAUCCGGAUGAAGGUGAAGGCCGCCGAGGAGAUCGGCAUCUACGCCGAGCACGUGCAGCUGCCGCGGUCGACGACGCAGGACGAGCUUCUGGCGACGAUUACACGACUCAAUGAAGAUCCCAACUUUCACGGUAUCAUCGUCCAGAUGCCUCUGGAGUCGGACAACCCGAUCGACUCGCACCUGAUCACGGAUGCCGUGUCUCCCGACAAGGACGUUGAUGGUUUGAACACCGUGAACGAGGGUCGCGUUGCCGUCGGGGACCUCAGCGGCUUUCUGCCGUGCACGCCGAACGGCUGCAUGGAGCUGAUCCGACGUACGGGCAUUCCGAUCGCCGGCUCCAACGCCGUCAUCAUCGGUCGCAGCAAGAUCGUCGGCACGCCGAUGGCCGAGCUGCUCAAGUGGGCGGACGCCACCGUCACGGUGUGCCACUCCAAGACCAAGAAUCUGAACAUGAUGAUCAAGAAAGCCGACAUUCUGGUGGUGGCCGUUGGCAAGCCGGAAAUGGUUCGCGGUGCCUGGGUUAAGCCAAGUGCGGUCGUGAUCGAUUGCGGCAUCAACUCGAUUCCAGACCCGACGAAGAAGAGCGGCCAGCGGCUGGUGGGGGACGUCAAGUACGACGAGGCACUGGUGGUGGCCUCUCACGUUACGCCGGUGCCGGGCGGGGUCGGCCCGAUGACCGUCGCGAUGCUGAUGCAGAACACCGUUCAGUCUGCCCAGAGAGUUGCCCGGAGAAUGAUCGACAUGGAGUUCCGCUGGCCGAUCAAGACGCUGCCGCUGAAGCCGCUGGAGCAGGUGCCCAGUGACAUCGAAAUCGCUCGCUCCCAAACGCCCAAGGACAUCGCGCUGCUAGCGUCCGAAAUCGGGUUGGUCCGGUCGGAGGUGUCGUUGUACGGCGACAAGAAGGCCAAAAUCUCGUUGAAGGUGCUGGAACGUCUAAGGAACGAGGAGGAUGGUAAAUACGUGGUCGUCGCUGGAAUCACUCCAACGCCACUGGGCGAAGGUAAGAGCACAACGCUGGUCGGUUUGGUCCAAGCGUUGACGGCGCACAAGGGAUGCAACUCGGUCGCGUGUUUGCGUCAGCCGUCGCAGGGUCCGACGUUCGGAAUCAAGGGCGGUGCCGCCGGUGGUGGCUACUCGCAGGUCAUUCCGAUGGAGGACUUCAACUUGCAUCUGACCGGGGACAUUCACGCCGUUACGGCGGCCAAUAAUCUGCUGGCGGCCCAGCUGGAUGCGCGGAUAUUCCACGAAGCGACCCAAACCGAUCAGGCCCUGUACGAGCGGUUGGUUCCGGCGCAGAAGGGUUCACGCAAAUUUUCACCGAUUCAGCAGCGACGCUUGAAGCGACUCGGAAUCGACAAGGUCGAUCCGUACACGCUGACGCCGGAGGAGAUCCGACGGUUCUCGCGGCUGAACAUUGAUCCGCAUAAUGUCGUGUGGACUAGAGUGUUGGACGUUAACGAUCGCUAUCUGCGCAAGAUCACGAUCGGACUGUCCCCGACGGAGAAGAACAUGAUUCGGGACACGAGCUUCUCAAUUUCUGUGUCCAGUGAGAUCAUGGCUAUCUUGGCGUUGGCCACCAAUCUGGGAGACAUGAAGCAACGCUUAGCAAAAAUGGUGGUGGCGUUCGAUCGCAGCGGUUCGCCUGUUACGGCCGAUGAUCUGGGAGUGACUGGAGCGAUGAUGGUCCUGCUGAAGGAUGCUAUCGAGCCGACGUUGAUGCAGACGCUCGAAGGCACUCCGGUGAUGGUCCAUGCUGGUCCGUUUGCCAACAUCGCGCACGGUUGUUCCUCGAUCAUAGCCGAUGACAUUGCGUUGAAGUUGGUCGGCAAGCCCGGAUAUGUAGUUACGGAGGCCGGUUUUGGGUCGGAUAUUGGCAUGGAGAAGUUCUUCAACAUCAAAUGUCGUGCCUCGGGUAAGAUCCCAAAUGCGGUCGUGUUGGUGAUGACCGUUCGUGCGUUGAAGAUGCACGGAGGUGGUCCUCCAGUCAUCUCCGGGGCACCACUCCGCCGCGAGUACACGAUGGAAAACGUUGAGCUGGUGGAGAAGGGUCUGCCCAACCUGAUUAAGCACAUUGAGAACGGACUCAAGUACGGAGUCCCGGUUGUGGUGGCCAUCAACGCUCACUCCAGUGAUACCAAAGCCGAACACGAUCUGAUCAAGCGCACUUGCAAGCAGGUCGGAGCAUUUGCGGCCGUCGUAUCGAAUCACUGGGCUCUGGGAGGUGCCGGCGCUGCUGACCUCGCCCAAGCCGUCAUGGAUGCAUGCAAGACGACUCCUAACUUCAAGCUUUUGUACGAGCUAGACCUAACAAUUGAGGAAAAGAUUCUCAAGAUCGCGAAGGAAAUGUACGGGGCCGGUACCAUAGAGUUCUUGCCGAAGGUUAGGGACGCCGUCAGACUGUACACGGAUAAGGUUAGUAGACAAAUUGCUUUGCUAGAAACACUUAGAAAGCUCUCCUUUCAGGGCUUCGGAACUCUGCCAAUCUGCAUGGCCAAGACGGCCAUGUCGUUGACGGGAGACCCGAGCGCCAAGAACGCACCGAAGGACUUUAAGCUGGUCAUCAACGACAUCUGCCUGUCGGCCGGGGCCGGUUUCAUUGUUCCGAUGUGCGGCGAGAUUACCAAGAUGCCCGGACUUCCCACGAGGCCCUCGAUCUUCGACAUUGACCUCAACACCGAGACGGGCGAGAUCGAGGGUCUGUUCUAACCGACCCUGCUGCGUAACACCAACUACUGCUGCUACUACCAAUCAACCCCUCCUUCCAAGCUAACCAACCCAACCCGGACAGGAGACGAGUUCGCUUUGGCUUAGGAGGACAGGAGCGGGGACGCGGCGCAUUCUUCACUCACACUCUCUAUUUUAUCUUUCUCUCUCUAUCUUUUUUAUCUAUUUUAAUAAUAUCCCAACAUAAUUUUAAAUGAUAUAUCAUUGAGCCUUUAUGAAGUCACCUUUUGCUUUUCUCUAGGUAUAAAAUCGAUAGAUGCUAUAUUUUUUCAUGUUAGGAAAACAACGUUUUUAGCUCGUUUGUAUAUUUGUCUAAUACACAUCUCUGCUUCUGUUACGAUUGUAAGGACGUACAAAACAGUUAUAACUAACUAUA